UCCUAAUCAUUCGCUGUGCACAUGCUACGUAAUUCCCGUUGACUCACCGGUGAUCGGACCAGAAAAAAUGUUCUUUUGACGAGGGAAGGUUUAUUUAUUCUAUUCGUCGACGGCAAUGCCAUUCUUAAUGGAAUCAUAUUUGUUUUUGAAAGAAUACAAGGGUAUAGUUCAUCAAAUCGUGCUGAAUUAUUGGGAAAAUUUUGGAUAUUUUUCACCGGUUACGGAACAUCCGAGGCGAAACUGACGAUUGGUAUCCCGAGCGCGCAGGCGUGGAACAACUAGCACCGCACCGUAUGAAGCUCUCUUCAAAAUCGGGGUCGAGUUUAUGUGAUGAACUGAACCAGAACACUUAUUUUUCGGUUGAAUUCAUAGAAUUUACGAUUACGUUGUUGAUGAAGAUAAAUCGUAGGACGAAAAAAUAAAAAGAAGGGCUUGUUUUGAAUAUAGACUAACGUGGUUUAACUUAAAUAAAACUUAAUAAAAAAUGUCUGGGAUUUGCAGGUUGUUGAUCCUGCCAAGCAGAAUUUCUCGGUCAGCUCUCGGUGUCGCACUUCGAGGAGAUAUUACAUCAGGGCUGAUAGUAACCUCACAUCAAGACUACAGCCAUGGAUUAUCACACAGAGGGAAUACCAGGAAAUGCAACAGGCAUUUACAUGUAUCAAGUAAUUGCAAUAAAUGGCCGUCCAGAGAUCACCUAGCCCAAAGAUAUCCAACAUCAACAGAGCAUAGGACUUCAUGUGUAUCACCAUUCCAUCUAUCACAUAUAUCCCAAGACUCUAUUCGAAAUGUGCCAACAAUUUUAGAACCUCAACAUGUCUAUGCACAAGUUAUCAGUAUACGUAACUUGCACGGGUCCUCUCGGUUGUACGACCUGGCCGACCCGGAGUCAAAGGUCGAGAGGACCGUGAAAGCCUUGAAGGAUAAGAAGAAAGAGAAGGAGAGACAUGUGGAGAAGGUGGAAGGAGAUACGAGGGAAGCGAAGCUAGAAGACAUGGGGGCCCUGCCCCGACCGGAAGUGAUCCUGGUGCCGAAGAAACCGAUAAUGGUUCGGAUUAAGGAUGAGGUGAUGCACUAUGUCAAUGGCUUCCGGCUGUUUGGAGUGGACCUUAAGAUUGCAAUGCGUCACCUGUGGGCGGUUCUGAAUGGUGGUAGUUUGACCAGGAGAGAGUAUAGACAGUUUACACGUACUGCCUCCGAUCUGUUCCGACUCGUUCCUUUCUCUGUUUUCAUCAUCGUACCGUUCAUGGAGUUCCUUCUUCCAGUCGCCCUGAAGCUCUUCCCGAACAUGCUACCCAGCCAUUUUGAAACUAAAUCCAAGAAGGAAAAGCGUUUGAAGAAAGAAUUGAAACUGAAGCUUGAGAUGGCCAAAUUCUUGCAGGAUACCAUCGAGGAGACAGCACUUCAGUCCAAGAGAACCCAGAAAGGAGAUACUGCACAAGAGAGUGCACUCCAGUUCAAAAACUUCAUGGAUAAGAUCCGAGAGACUGGAGAACAGGCUAGUAACGAGGAGAUCAUGAAGUACUCUAAACUCUUUGAAGAUGAGCUUACACUUGACAAUCUCUCCCACGACCAGUUGAGGGCGCUAAAUAGGUUACUACAGCUACCCACCAUAGGGACAAACAACAUUCUCAGAUUUCAACUCAGAAUGCAACUCAGGACUUUGAUGGCUGAUGACAAGAUGAUCAAGAAGGAAGGUGUAGAUUCCUUGACUCAGAGUGAAUUACAAGCAGCUUGCCAAGCCAGGGGUAUGAGAGCUCUUGGUGUGUCUAUAGAGAGACUUAAAUCACAACUAUCACAGUGGCUUGAGCUUCACAUAGAUGAGCAGAUCCCGACAUCCCUUCUGCUUUUAUCAAGAGCGCUCUACUUGCCAGAGCACUUAUCGACUGGAGAUCAAUUGGUUGCUACCAUCGCUUCCCUGCCACCAGAAACGGCGGAUGAAGCAAAGGUGAAACUUGCGGAAAUCGAAGGUAUCAAGGUAGAUAACACUGAGAGGCUUAAGAUUACCAAGAAAGAAGAAGAAGAGAUCAAGAAGGAGAAAGAAGAGAAGAAACUCAGGGAAGAACAAGAACUCCUGGAAAUGGAAAAGAAGAAGGCUGAGAAGUUGGAAGCAGAAGUGCUUGACAUGGGUGAAGUUCUGGUAGACAAGGCACCUAUCCUCCAGGAGACAGCACGCGUUACAGUUGAAGAAGAUCAGGUGACAAAGGAAGAUCUGACUGAGCUUGGUGAGGUACUGGUUGAGAUCGCUAAGGAGAAGGAUGCCUUGUUUGAAGAGAAGGGAGGUCUAGAGGAACUCAAGGAGGACGUAGAGGAGUAUAAGGAGGAUCUGGAGGACUUGAGAAGAGAAACAGAGGAUGUUGACAUGCCGGAUCUUACUGAGUCAAAGUCAUCUGUCAGGCUAGGAAAACAGGUUGAUCGUAUGAUGGGCAGGCUGGAGAAGAUUGUCUCGGAGCUGGAGGAGCAGAGGACAGCCCUCCGGGAGGAGCAUGCGGAGAUGAAGGAGAAUCUGGAGACCAAGAGGAGAGUAAUGGAUGAAGGAGACAACUCCGAGGAGGAGCAGGAGGCCUGGGAGCAACUCAAGCAGAGGGUCACUAAAAAGAAGAAGAAUCUGAUCCGUGUGGAUGAGCUGAUAGAUGCUAUGCGUAAGUUUGGCAAGGUGUCUGAUGAAGAUAAGCUACAGCGUAUUGCCGAGGUUCUUGAUGAGGAUCAUGAUGGUGCUAUACAAGUUCAGGAAGUACUCAGGGUUAUUGAGACAAUGGCCAAGGAGGAGAUAGCUCUCAACACCAAGCAGAUCGGAGAGGUGAUGGAUCUCUUGUCGAAGGAGGAGAUCAUGGAGGAGCUGGAGAAAGACGUGGAGCGGGAGGAGAAGGAGAUACUCAGGGAGAGCUCCAACUCCAAAGAAGUAGAGAAGAAUUAACGGUUGUAGGAGAAGGAGGAGAAUGAGAAGGAGAUCUUUUCAGAGAGCUCCGGGCAAGAAGAGAAUUAAAGGGUGUAAGAGAAGAAGGAGAUGCAUGAUCUUUUGAAUGUGCUCCAAGAUAGUAAAAAAGAAUUAACGGUUGUAGGAGAAGGAGGAGAAUGAGAAGGGGAUCUUUUGAGAGAGCUCCGGGAAAUAAGAAGAGAAUUCAAGGUUGUAAGAGAAGGAGAUCUUUUGAUAGAAUUCCAAGAGAGUGACUGAGAAGUAAAUGUUAUGAGAACAGGAGCUAUGAAGGCUACAGGAGUAGUAGGAGAAAUGUGAUCUUUUGAGAGAGCUCCGACAAAGAUAACAAUGAAAGGUAAUUUUCAAGAGAGCUCUUAUAAUCUUCUAUUCCAUCAUUGUGUAAAGCGCUGUGAAACGAUGAUAUAUUGUGUAAGCGCUAUAUAAAUGAACAUAUUAUUAAAGAUAGUGGGAGCUUUUGAGAUCUUUUUAGAGACCUUUAAGGAAGUGAGAGAAGGUUAUAGUGUGGGAGAAUGAGAAAACAUAUUUCUCAAGAAAGCCCCAAGGAACUAGAGAAGAUUCAAUUAAGAGUACUGGGGCAGAAGUAGGAUAUUUUUUUGAGAGAGCUCCAACAUCAAGAUGUAUGGAGAUCUUUCAAGGGAGCUCAAGUAAAGUAAGAAAUGAUUUUAAGUUUGUGGAAUCAGGUGUUCUGGUGAUCUUUCCAAAGAGCUCCAAGGUAGAAGCAGAAAUGACUAAAGGUUGAGGGAAUAGGAGCUAUGGAGUUGAUGGAAGCUCUUGCGGAGUAGUACUAGCUUGAAGCUCUUAGGAGAUGGAUUGUAUCUAAUGAUUUCUUAUAGAGAAGAAAUAGAAAAGUCCUAGAAAGCAGGAGCCACAAUUCAUUUCAAAUUUAUAUUUUUUUCCAUUUUCACAAAAUAUCAUUUUUCAAUAUAAUCUAUACAAAAUGAUUUGUCAUGAAAGGGUAUAAUUAUAUAAAAGAUUUGUUAACAGAAGAAGGCAUAAUUCCCUUAAAGCAGAGCUUGUGGUGGGGAUGCUCACGUAACACAAAUACAAAUAUUAUUAUGAAAAUAAUGAUAAUAAUAGGCAUUUAUAUAAUGCCAUCUAUCUAUAAAUAUUCUAUUCGAAGGCGCACAAGAACAAGAGAGAGUUUGGAUUGAGUGUCAUGGUGCCAAGAACUAAUACUGGUUGGUGGAGCUGUCGAUAAGAUUUAGUAGUACAGAAAAAAAAAUAUUAAGGAAAUGAAAUUGGGUGCUAUUUAGAAAGGCCAUUAGUGAAUGCAUUCCCUACCCUAUAUCCAAGUGAAUUUUAAAGGCUUAUUUUAGGAUUAUUCAAGAGUCAGACUUGAAACCUGUGAUAUCAGAUAGCAGUGCUAUGAUGAACAGUUAUUACAAAUAUGUUUAUAUGAAAAGAAAAUGUGAUGGUUUUGUUUAAUUGCAAGAUAAUUCUUUCCUUUGGGGAAUGUACUCUAAGAAUACCUUGGGGAAUGUGUUCUUGGUAGUUGGAGUCCUGCAUGAUAUGUUUUACAAACAUGUAAAAUUCAUUGAUGAUGUGAUAGUUUAAAGAACUAUUUUUCUUUUACUGAAAUAUUUUAGGAAUAAUCCUAUUCAGCUACUAAUAGAUUUUAAUUUGUAUCUAGUUUCUAUGAAAAAAAGAAUUAAAAUGGUUACAUUCUUACUUCCUCAAAAAUGAUUGUGUCAUAAAAAAAAUGAUAGCGAUAUUGAAGUGAUAUGAUAUAUAUAUAUAUACAUAUAUGGAUAUGUACCAUUAUCAACUCUAUCAGCAAUAUGAAUUAGAAUAGUGAACAUUUCAUUAAUUGUUUUUAGAAAAUAGUUUUAAAAAAUUCCUGUCCCUGCCUUAAAAUGGACGGUCAAGUUGUGGGAAAAUGAAGACAAUAAUAGAAAUUUUUCAAUUUUUUUUAGGAUGAAUAUUGCAAUAAAAAAUUCAAUUUGCAAAGCAUUUCUCUUUAAAAUGCCCAUACUUUGUGAAAAUAUGACCAAGAAUAGCAGAAAUAUUUGGGUAGCAACAUGUGGAUAGUCCCAUACAUGCCUUUCUGUGUUCAGUGCUUGUGACUAUCGGAUUUAUUAUCUGAUUCCAUUUUUUAUUCUAAAAUCUCCCAGCUUUCAAAUAAUUUUUUGCUCUCGUGUAGCUAUCAUCUCCCUAUCGUCUAGGCAGUUUCUUCCAUAAUUACAUUAUCCUCAUUUAUUUCCGAAAACAAGUCAUUGGAAUGGAUUAUGAGCAAGAAUGAAUUGUAAGGUAUGAUUUUUUGUUUGUUAUUGGCAGCUGCAUAUUGAUUUAACAAAUUUUCUUGUACACUCUAUAAUUUCUUAUAAGCACCGUAAGUAAAAAUGCCACUUCUUAAGGAAAUUCUGAAAUAUGAUGUUUGGAAUGAAAUAAAAUGUUUAUAUUUCAUUGCUGCAGUACACAUUAUUUUAAUAUUUUAUCAUUUAUUUGUAAAUAGUUGAUAUUCCUUUCAUAUGGGUUGUUGUUUGAUUUUAUCAGUGGAUUUCAUUUACUAUACCACACUUCAUUUUUGUUAGAAUUUUCAUGCUUUUUUGUGUCCUGAAACAGAAUUAAUUUUCAACUUAAAUUAGAGGAAAGGGAAUUUAUCACUGGAAUUCAAUUUUGCUGUGGAAAGAAACAUAAUUUCCUUACAUAAAUUUCAGAAUAUUGUAAUCUUUCAAAACAGAUCUGAAACGAUUCUUUUGCUGCAUACCAUGUAUUCUGUGUUGAAAAGGACACAACACAUGUUGAAAUGAAUAAUGUUGUAGGAUGCAAAAUACAGUACAUGUGCUUAGAUUUUAGAGUGAUUUUAUUUCUUUCUCUUUUAUGCAUUAGAGCAUUUUAUGAAGCUCAUUGGGAGUGAUUUUUCACCCCAAACUCUUUGCUUUCAGUCAAUCGCAUGACACAAUUUCAAUCUGCAGUGUAAACACUAAUUAAAAUUUCAUGAAAUGCUCCAAGACGUAUGUAAGCUAUGCUGCCGAACUUUGGCAAAAGGAAGCAAGUUACAAAAGUAUCAUUUGUUGUAAAUGAGCAACGUGUGUUCAUCAUUUACUUAGGCGUCAAUGCAAUUUAACAGCAUAUUUUCUUCAAUAUCUUUCCAUAGAACGAUCAUUUCUUCCCCAAAAUUUGCCUGAACAGGCAACAUAGAAAGGAGGUUUCAGAAACAACAAUAACUCAAAUUUGACAGAUGUGUCACUUGCUUCCUUUUGCCAAAGUUGGGCAGUAAUAGGCACAAUUUCAUUACACCUUCAAAUGAUGUUAACUAUCACUCAGCCUUGUCACCAUGGUAGUUUACUAUAUUGGGAAAUUUACCAUAUUUUGAAUUCUAUAUAAAACAAGCCCAAAGUAUUAGGUACGUCGACGGGUAACUUUGCUUGAUAUCAAGUGUGGAAUGACUCAUUUGAGUAUUGACAACUUUCCGUCUGUUUAGUAUUUACAUUUUGAUUUCCAAGUAAAAGAUGUUUUGUUGAAAUACUUUUUCCCAAAAUGCUUUCAACAUAUUAAGUAUUACUCUUAUAAAAAAUUCACGUCUUGGCCCAAGUAAGGUUAUACUUCACAUUUCACUUGAUAAUGCAAUUUUUCUUUCAGAAGAUGAAAAUGAAAACAGCCUUGAUCAUAAAACGGUCAGUUCAUGUGAAUUGCCCAUAUUUGGAACUUAUAAAAAUUUGGAAAUGACCGAGUUUGGGAUCAAGGGUGGAAUAUAUGAUCAAAUACUGUCAAAACCACUGCACCCUGCUCUGUGGAACGUAAUGAUUUUGAUGCGGGCUUGUGUUUCUUAAAUGUGUGGCUUCAUGCCCCUAUGGAUUAUUUGUUAACAGAUAAUGUUGCAUGGUGCAAUAGUAUUUUCUUUUUUGCAGAACAAUUAUGCUGCUUUAUCAGAUGGUAUUAAUGGUAAAUAUUUUGAGCAACUUGCCUACUGGAUUACUGAAAAUUAUUUCUACAUACUACUGAAUAAAUUCCAGUUUGUCAAUAAUAAUUUUAUUUGAUAUGUAACCAUUUUUGAAGAAGCAUUAUUCCUUUAAAAGCUCUAAGAGCUUGAGCAUCUAUUCCAACAGAUGAUUGCAUUUAUUAAAUUGACUAAAAGUUGAAUAUUUCUGUAAAUUACUUCAAGUAACUGUACCAACAGAUUGGUUAGUUGUACAGUGAUUCAUUGUUAUUUUAUCAAAAUAUUUCAUUUAAUAAAAACUAAACAUGAUGAUGGGUUAUGCAUAAAAAUGAAUUUUACACUAGCAUAUCAUGAUGAUAUGGAAUAGAUUAUGUAGCACAAUAUAUGCUUAAAAAGCAAUCACACUUUGCUUAUGUUUAGAUCUGACCGCUUGUGAGUUGCCAUGUCGCUAGACUUUGUUUUUGAUGGACUUAUAUGAUAUACAUGUAGACCAUUUGUUUUAGUGGAUGAAUGUAUAUAAAUAUCAAAAGUUUUAUAUCACUGUGUGAGAAGCACAUGUUCAUAAUAUUUAAGAAUAAAUGAUAUGAGAAUAUGA